UUCGCAAGUGGGUCAAUUUGUGACGCCCAAUCCUUUUCUGAGACACUCAUAAAACCCACGCACUCCAUUUUCAAAACCCUAGAACACCUUGCCGCAGUUCUUCUCUCCACUCUCUCUCCUAGGGUUUAUCAGUUCGAGCAUCAAUGGCGCCUCCUGCUAAAGAUGGAAAGAAGGCUGAUCCCAAGGCUCAGGCCUUGAAAGCUGCCAAGGCUGUUAAAUCAGGUUCAUCAACCUUGAAGAAGAAAGCCAAGAAGAUUAGGACCAAGGUUACUUUCCACAGGCCAAAAACAUUGAAGAAGGACAGAAACCCCAAGUAUCCUCGCAUCAGUGCUCCUCCAAGGAAUAAGUUGGACCACUACCAGAUCCUUAAGUUUCCAUUGACCACUGAGUCUGCAAUGAAGAAGAUUGAAGACAACAACACUUUGGUCUUUAUUGUUGAUCUUCGUGCCGAUAAGAAGAAGAUUAAGGAUGCCGUCAAGAAGAUGUAUGAUAUCCAGGCCAAGAAAGUCAAUACCUUGAUUAGGCCCGAUGGCACCAAGAAGGCAUACGUCCGCUUGACACCGGACUAUGAUGCGUUAGAUGUGGCAAACAAGAUCGGAAUCAUAUAAGCCUGCAUUUUCUUCUUUUAGGUCUCAAGUGGACUCAUUACUUGUGGCAAUUUUGUUAGGGACAUCAAUUUCUAUUUAAAGCUCAGAUCUUAUGUGAUUUCUUGAACACCCUUAUAUGGUUAGUUGUAUGCUCUUUCAGUCGUAGUAAUUAAUGGCGCGUUUGCAAUGUUUA